AUGCAGCAGGCUGUGGCGAGAAGGGUGCGCGCCGCGUGUGCAGUGUGCCAGCGGCGGAAGCUCAAGUGCGACGGCAAGCAGCCCUGCAGCAGGUGUGCCAGGACGGACCGCAUCUGCCGAUAUGCAAAGGUGCAGGUGCAGACGCAGAUGCCUGCUCGUGCCUCUGUGGUCCCCAGGGCCAACGUUCCAGUCGGGUUGGGCCGUGGGUCGCCCUGGCUCGGGUUCUCGUUCUCGAAGUUCAGGUUCCACAGGAGGUACCAGGACGUCCUGCCCUUCUACUUCUGCGAGAGCGUGCUUGCCCAGUUGCCGGAGUCUGUCGUUGCGGCAGAGGACUUGCAGUUGCCCAGCGUGCAGAACUACGGGUGGAACCUCGCCGGCGGUGCGUUCUUGGCGUUUGCCCUGCAGCCAAGUGCCACGAGGCCGCCGCUCAGGGAGCUCAGGCCGCUGGUGCAGCACUACUUCGACCACGUUAACCCGCUGUUCAGCAUCGUCAACGAGCGUGUGUUCUGGUCGCAGUGGGACUCCGCUGCAGAUGCCAACUCGCUGUUCAACGCAAUCGGGUACCUGAUGGCCAUCACCGCGGAGAGGUACCGCUGCGGCCCCCCGCCGCGGGUUGACGAGACCGCGCUGUUCAAUCACAGCUACGCGGUCGUCUCCGAGUUCAGCUUCGAGUGGGAGUCCGUAGAACUGAUCCAGUCAUGGCUGCUCAUCGCCGCGUACCUCAGGUGUUGCUACAGACAGACUAGUUGCUACGCGGCGCUCGCAAGGGCAGUCGCCAUGUGCAGGGGGAUGUCCCUCAACUUAGAGGCCAAGCCGGAACAAGUCGAUGCAGAGGGGGAACAGACGGGGGCACUCCACAGCACGGGGAAGUACUACCAUUGCUUCUGGACAGUGUACACCGUGGACAAAAUCUUCUCCCACCAGCUGGGCAAAGUUGGGUCCUGCCCGAUCUCCAUCACGAAGUUGAAACCACCAGGGCCCCAGCAGCAGGACGAGUGGUUCCAGGGGGGGUCCCUCGAGAUGUUACAACUCGCACUCAUCAUCGACGAGUUGCAACAGUGUGGUGAGGACCAAGAGGUCGGGCCCACAGAGACAAUCGUGCUCAGGGACAAACUGCACCAGUGGUAUACGGACCACGCAAGGGGGCCAGCUCGUGACACUGUACUGCAACUACAACCAACGCUCACGUACUUGGACGUCAAACUCACUUGGGAACUGCGCACUCUUUUCCCACUGCUGUCCCCAACAAAACAAGUGGCCGACUGGCCCAUAUCCCUACUGCAACCCGUCCCCAUGGACUACCACGGAUUGCUGGAGACGUGCCAGGCCACGGCGGCACUGGUAAAGAGACUCGUACACCGCGGGGAGUUCGGAACCCCCUGGUGGUCGCACCUGUCCCUGCUGUUCACUUGCUCCCUCGCAUGCAUCGUCCUCGUCUCCUGCGGUGUCCAACAGAGACAGUACGCAGCGGUCCUCGCGGAACUCAUGGAACUUUGGCAGGAACUCGAGGGGAACCCACCGGAAAACCAGCCCGUAAUGCUCAAGCAAUGCUACUGGUGCAUCAAGAUGGUGAACAAGUUCGGCGUGCUCAAACUACAGCAAGCAACAGUGGUCCUACAGGAGACGGUCCCGAAACCGCAGAGCGACCACUCACCAAACAAACACCAUUUCAAACAGUUCGGCAGAGUCGACGACGAAGUCGACAACGAGAACACACCAGCACCGUCACCACCCCAACAACAAGAUCAGCAGCAGCAGCAACAUGCAGCGGAGUCCAUCGCAGACGAACUGCUCCAGACGCUGCAGUGGUUCGACCAACACUUCUGA